GCGGGCCAAUAGGAGAGCACGUCGCUGUUCUGGACGCUGUUUAGGGAUUUGCCCGAGUCCAAGAUGGCGGAUCGCUUGACGCAGCUGCAGGAUGCGCUGAAUUCGCUUGCGGAUCAGUUCUGUAAUGCGAUUGGCGUCCUCCAGCAGUGUGCUCCCCCCGCAUCCUUUAAUAACAUUCAGACAGCGAUAAGCAAGGAGCAGCCCUCCAACCCGACAGAAGAAUACGCUCAGCUGUUUGCCGCCCUCAUUGCUCGCACAGCAAAAGAUAUUGAUGUUCUCAUCGACUCUCUGCCAAGUGAGGAAUCUACUGCUGCGUUACAGGCCGCUAGCCUGUACCAGUUAGAGGAAGAAAACCACGCAGCAGCAGCCCGUCUAGAGGAGGUGGUAUACAGAGGGGACAUGCUGCUUGAGAAGAUUCAGACUGCACUAGCGGACAUCGCCCAGUCUCAGCUGAAGACCAGAAGCAUCAUCCACAUGCAGCCACUUUCAGAGAGCUAGCAGUAGAGGGCGCUGUCCUUCAUUAGAACUGAUCACUGUGAGAUGCUGAGUGGCAGGAAACAGUAGCCGUGCUUGCCAGGGGCUUAGAACAUCAAUGAUUGGCACUACAAAGAGACUCUCCAUGGGCAUGACAUUACAGCGUGCAAUUAAAUACUUCUUAUAUGUUUUUUAUUAUGCUUUAAGAUGACCUGUUAUCGAUGAACCUAUGCUUCUAUGUUUCACACUAGCGGCAGGGGACUCCGGCAGGCUGUUCCGGCGUGUGGACAGCCCGUCGGAUCCGUCCUGCCGCUAGUUCACAUGUGCCCC